CAGUUGGCUAUAGCAGCAAACGACUGUCCUCCCCUACAAUACUACAAUGGUACAUCAUGUACAACUUGCUCUAAAUGUCCUCGAGGCUUCGGGGUUAAGACCAAGUGUACAGCUCUGAAGGACACAGAGUGUCAAGACUGUAUUGCUGGGUAUGAUUAUUCAGGGACAAGUGACAUGACACAGUGUAUCAAGUAAGUUAACUCAAGCAAUAGAUACAAUAAGAUUGAUGGCGCGUUUUCCUCAUUAUGUUGUUUGUUUGAUUUAUGAUGCUGAGGAGAAAGCCGAUGAGGGUUUACACAAAUAGUCACAGAUAGAAAUCUCACAGAUAGUUACAAUCAUCUAAGCAUUCCUUAACUUCGUCCCCCCCCCCCAAAAAAAAAAAAAUGGAGCCUUUUAACACCAGGGUCUUUCUUUGUUUCACAGAUGUUACGACGGUUCAAAUUGUCCCGAUGGAAAUCAUAAGGUGAUAAGUAACUGUACAAUAUAUUCCCCAACCGUCUGCAGUGGUUGUAAAGAGGGAAACUAUUUUGACAAGGGCACAGGAUUAGACGGGGGAUGUGUGGAGUGUUCAAAAUGCGCCAUUGACGAAAUGGAGACACAAAAGUGUAGCACAGCGCAUGACCGAAAGUGCCAAAAGAUGCCAUCGACUACGAGCGAAUUAUGGGUCCCAAGUAAGUAUAAUACACAAACAAACGAAAUUGGCAUAGUCUCUCCCUUUUCUUUCAGUCUUUGCCCACUCUCUUAGUCCACUCGCACUCGAGCUGAUAUUUUAAAACCCACGCUCGAUCGGACACUUCUAGCUUCGCAGAUCACUAAAAUGUAAACAAAAUCCUCAAUGUAGAAGUUUUGGCGUUGAUAUGUGGGCAGAAAAAAAGUUAAUCUUUAUCUAGUAAAUCUUCCCCAAGAUCGGUUUCAAGGCAACCAUAGUUUUCUAAAGUUGAUCGUUUCGCGCAGAUUAAUUUUGCUUUGUGUUGUCAAGUUGAACAUGCAUAACACCUGUUAAAAACCUACGCGUAAGUAGGAUUUCCUUCAAACAAAGUUAAAGUUACAUUAUUGCAACAACUUCUUUCCAAUUAUGUAUAAUAUUUAAUUACCGAUUCAAGUCACUUUAAGGACCAUAGACGCCACUUUAAGCUGGUAAAGAGAUGCGACAAGCAAAGAACAAUUCCAUCAUGCAUAAAAUUCAGCUUAAGUGAACCAAAAAAAGCUUCAAUAAGGUUGCAAAACAACAAAUUUUCAUUAAAAAAAAACAUAAGGCUUAAGGCUCUUAUACCUGAUGACAAAGAAGAAGUGAAUUUUCUGUACGGAAGCAACCUACCCAAAGAUCUUAAAAGAAAAAGAUCAGUUGCAAGCGUCGCAGCCAAGCCAUGAUUCCUGCCUACUUAGCUAGAUUAGCUACUUUUUUUUAGUAAUAACUGGUCAAUGCGAGGGUCUUCAUUCAAGCAAAUUAAACCCAGCAAACUGAAUCAUUAGAAAAUACAGAAAACUGCACAUAAGGAUUUGUUUUGCUCUCUUCAGUCAAAUCCAGCUCCAGCAAUUGUUUACGGGAAAAGAGUCGAUUGUUUUGGAGUCACUGCCGGCAGUUGUCGUUCUCCGCUACUUCACAGCGAGAGAAAGGAAAAUUUGCGCUAUACAGAAAGAUAACAAAACUAUGUACUUAAAACUGAAAAAACUAAAGGAAAAAACUCUGACUACUAUUACUUGAGCAAAAGAAAAAUUAUCGAAGUAGUCUUUUCUGCUGGAGUAAGCUUGCUGGCCUUCUAAAGUUCCGAGGAAGUUUUAAGCGCUCAAGUUUGUUCACUCGCAAGCGUUAGCAUUACGGUUCUUUGACAUAAGACAAGGAUAAAGCUGGUUCUGCAAAGGUAAAUAAAUCUGGGCAUUUAAAAAAGCUAACCGUAACUACUAAUAACAGAAUACAAGCGGGUUUUAAUUCAGUCCGGCGAAAGAAGGCGAAGCACUGGACAAAAAAUCAAUUCACAAAUCGAAUGCUCAAUUACUGACAAUUAUCUGACAAUUAGAAAAAUACAAACCUCUUUGGAAAUGUUCAAAACGUUUUGUUCCUCCUCAGACUGACGGAUGAUCUGCUUUUACUGUAACAUUGGUUGUUCUGAAUCCAAAGUAAUUUUCAAGUGACGAAAAAACAGCAACAACAACAAAAACAAAAAAAAAACCCUUUACAAGGAUCAAACGUUCGCACCUCGUGUAUUUCAUUCAGUCUUAGUCAGAACUCUCACUGAACGAGACAAACAAACGCAGGCGAUAGGGGAUGCGCAGAAGCUUGCGCAGAACGUUUUUCCGCCCCGAAAGACCAACAUUAACGUCACGCAGUCUCCAGUCUAUCACGCGGCCAUUUCAGAAACGUUUUCGUGAAGUUUUCGGAAAUGCUGGGAUUUUGAUCUUUUAUCUUUCUAUAAAGGCUUGGGAAGAAAAAUCUUUACCCAAAUCUCACUUAGGAUGGUUCUUUUUAGUGUUUGGUGAAGGUAAAGCGACAAAAGAAAAUAUGUCAAUUUUUUGUUCAUUUGACCUUUAAAACGAGGGAAAUCUUUUAAUCGUGAGAAAAAAGAAAGAGUGUACAAAGGUUUCUGCAGCCAAAUUUUGCGAUUACAAAUGAAUUGUUGUAAGGACUGCAUGUGUCAACUAUACAUCUUCUAGGGGCACCCAAAGACUUCUUUCUAUAGAAUAACCGCGUUGUUUAUUUCGAAACAUUCGGUCGUUGGAUCCUCCUUGAUAUUCAUGUUACUGAUCUGUCGGUAUCAGGUACGGCUGGUCAAACAAAUAUCACGAAGACACCGCGGAGCGUUCCCAGUAGCACGACUAUUGAUUGGACAAAAACCUCCGCAACUGAAAUUCCUGAGCCCGAAGAGAGACCCUCAGUGAGCCAAAAAUUAGUUUGGGGACUAUUAUCUGGUGUCCUAGCGGCAUUAGUAAUCGCUCUCGCUGUUGCGGUGCUAUUAUGUUGGAAUAGAAGUAGAAGUAGAAGAACACGUAAGAAGGACAAAGAAUCCAAUGGUUACGCUCAUCAGUCCACUCCAUUAAUGCAGCAGCGUAAGUAAAUAUUUAUACUUUUUAUAACAGAACAUUAUAAAAGGUUAUAUAAAUAUCUUUUUUUUCUUUUUAUCAAGCGUUUAAGGUGGCUGAACGUAGUUUUACGGGCGGUCAGCGGUAACUCGCGUGACGGCGAGUGUUAAAAUUAGACAAACAAACAUGGCGAUAAAAGCAAUGGUACACAGAAGACGAUUUCUCAAAAUCUACUAAUUAAAAUUUUGUGAUAUUUGGCAGAAAUUUUACCUUUAUCGUAUUUUAAAUAAUGAGAACUUUAAAAUGGAAGUUGAACAGACGAAUUUUGUGACACAUUUAAUAAUUACAGUACAAUUAUAUCAUUGAUUAUCUGAAAACCUGUCUGUUAAAAUUUGGUCAAAUAAGUUUCAAAUGGUAAUGAUUAAUUAUAGUAAACUGUGUGCAAGUUCAUAGGAAAAUCUAAUGAGCGAAUUUUAUGAAAACUGAGCAAAAGUGAAAUUUUAAGGUUGUAUUCAAUCGUUCAUGUUGCCAUGGAAACUAUUAAAACAUCACAUUUGACCUGUCAAUCAAAAUCUUUCAUCAGUAUAUUUUUCACUUGCCACGUUUCAGCUUAUGAGCUGCAACCUUUCUCAUGCCAUGAUUUGGCAAAUAAGAUAUACUCACAAACUGCCAAAACUGUGUUCAGCCACCUUAAUACUCAAAGCAAAUAUAAUUAAAUUACUCGUUUCUUGACAUUAUACAAAAAGAAUUCUAAGUAUUAAAUAUUUGAAAGAGUGAAAAAAAAAAACACUUGGUUAUAUGAAAUGGUAAGUCUUAGGUACUUCAUUUUGAUAAAAAUAAGUCAUAUGAAAUAUCAAAAAAAAUUCCAUGACUUAAGACAAUUUGAAACAUUUUAAGAUGAAUGUAAGUUGAAGGUCUUGUUAAAUUUAGAGAGGGUGAUUUUGAGAACACGGGAACUGUUUUUUACCAGUUAAGGGAAUAAAUUUUUCAGGAGCCAGAAGUCCUCGAAGGUCAACUGAAAUAGUGAGAUUUUACAUAUUUCGAAGACUUUUUUUACGCUUAAUACCAAUCUGCCUGACGGUUAAAACGGGUGGGCAGUUUGACGGCUGUCGGUCGACUGCUAUGAGACCCGUUAUGAAACCUACUAUGAAACGGCGGCCAUGUUGGUGUCCCCAACCAAUUUAAACCUUUUUCUAACUACAUUUAUUACAUUUAUAACUUAUUUUCUUCAUUGCAUUUAUUUUUAUUAAUUUUAUUGUAUAAACUCUUUUUGUUCAAAUAAUUUGCAUAACUGCUGCCCACGUGAGUGAAAAGGCUUUAUAUGAACGAAAUUAAACCAAGCAUAUUUUAAAAUUGUAUUCUGAAUCAACUAUAAGAUGGAAUCACAUUUAAGAUAAGAGAACGCUAUAAUUGCAUGUUAGAGAGCGUUUGGUUUCAUGACUAAACUUGUUAUUAAUUGAUUCACUAAUAGGAAUAGCAUCAACAACUUGUUUAAGAACCGUAAAAGAGUAAACCUGGCCCAGUUAAAGGAAGUUUUCGUCCGCCUAUAAAAAAGUCCACAACCGAUCUCAUUCUUGCCGUAAACUAUUUUUAAAGAAAGAAUUGCAUAUUAGAAAUUCCUUGUUUCACUGAAUUACUACUGACAGUUACUACACUGAAGUUGCCAAUUCAAUAUGAAUUCUAGGCCCUCAAUAUUCUUAAAAAUUUCAGUCAUUUCACUUCAUUAUUUUUUAAAUUUCAUAGUAAUGUUAUCACAAUAUAACGUUUUUCUUUUGUUUUUUUCUUUUCUCCCUAGGUGGAUUGGAUACAUUAAUUUCAAAUAUAACAACUCUUGACAGAAAGUUCAUAACCAUGCAGCUGAACAAAAAAGAUACUCAUGGUAAACUUGAUCUUUUUUAUUUUAUUUAUUUUUUUUUUUCAGGUUUUUAGGGUUAAAUACUUGAGACUCUCUACGACCGGGUAUUUUCGACGAAAUCGAAGUGGCGACGGCCGUUGUAGUGUUGAUGAAACGAUGAUAGCGGAGAUAAAAUUAAGCGAGCGAUGGCAUUGCCAUUCUGAUCAAAUUUGUCAGCGUUUGUCGUGCUAUGACGGCAAAUAAAUACACCAGAAAGUGUGUUGCAAGUUCAGGGUUUUUGUUUUGCUUAUUAAAUCGGUUUUCUUAGCAAUUCUCUCGUUCCUUCGUCGUCGUCAAUUCUUGAUAUGCGACGAUUUGAUGGAAGCUCGCGACCAAAAAUAAAAACGUCACUCCGCAGGUACCCAAAGAGAGGCCCAUGUUUUAUGCGAACAGAUCACUUUGUUAAAGACUUACACAGUUUGCAGUGUGGAGAGCUGAGAAAUGAUGACUAAGCUAAGUCUGGCAAGCUGAAGGUCUUACAGAGGGUCCCAAGUACGUUUUUUAGGGUUACACUCAUCGUAUAGGAAAGUCACAGGGGUCAAAUAUUUAAAUAAUUCCUCUAAACAGUAUACUUUGAAAAUAAUUUGAUGACCGCGCGACAGAUAAUACACUGACGAUUUUUAGAGUUGCGCUGUUUUUGUGUGCAGUAAGUAAAGUACCUUUGCAGCUCAAGAGGCGGCCGUUUCAUUCAGAUUAUUCGAAAGGCUUCUGCACUCAACCAAGAUUCCUCUUAUUUAUAUACUUAAAAAUGUACCAAGAGAUACUGUUUUCAUUUUAGGGUAUCACUACUGGAAAUAUUUUGCCGACUACGUUGGAUUACGGGACGAAAGCCAAAACUGGGAACAGUCGGAAAAUCCAGGGGAGAAAUUUCUGGAGGCGUUCUCUGAGAAGGAACACAGCACAAUUGGAAAGCUCAUUGAGGCAUCCGAGAAGACGGCUGGUCUGCCACUAUUCGUUAAUGAGUUAAAAAAUAGGUUUUCAGCGGCAAACCAGAGUGGAAGCGUUGAAAAUUUGGCUCCAAAUGGAUCUACAUGGGUGUAA